AUGGUGGCCGGGUGUGAUUUCUCGAUUUCGGCGUAUGGUUGCGCCUCUAAACAAUGUCUACUCAAGUUCUUUGAAGGCUCGGUGAUGUCGGACGUCAACCAAACCCUACAAGGAUACCUUGAUCAGAACCUCUCCAUACACAAACUCCGUCUCGACUUAUGCAGGCCCGUCUCACGACCGGUCAUCUCCCUUCUCGACAAAUGGAUCCCGAUAAUAGCCGCCCUCAACAUAAAAGCGUUUGAACUCAACUUUCUUUCAUAUACACCUGCGUAUUACGACCUGCCCUCUGCAGUGUUCUUAGCCGAGUCCCUCGAAGAACUACACUUAUGCAAAUGCAGGCUGAGCCCUAUUGAGAGUGUGCGGUUUAAAAGUUUGCGCAAGCUCACCCUCAAACGGGUCCAAGUUGAUGGCGGGACUUUUGUCACGAUAAUGUUGGGCUGCCCUUUGCUCAGGUGCCUUGUCCUUAAAUGUUGUUGGGAGUUGAGAAACGUUAGGGUGAGCGAAGAGGCAUCGCCUGCGCUCAAGCACUUUGUAUUGUGGGAUUCCGAGAGGAUCGAAGGGCGUAGCAUCAAAAUCGAUGUCCCCAAUCUCGAGAUGGGUGGUGCUAGCCGUAUCAUCGGGAUCCUUGUAAACUGCAAUUAUUUAGGAUAG